AUGUCCUGCCACACAGUCAGCCGCCUCGAUGGCGCCGGCCACCACCAUCCGCCAGCCACGCCGUGCUCACCUCCCUGCCCCACCGUGCUCCAGCCUCUGCCAGCCGCGCCCGCCUCUGCUCAACCGUGCCACCGCCGCCAUGCACCGUCCAGGAGGGUAAGGGCCCACCUCGAGCAGGCCCCAACGCUCCCUGCGCCCCUCGAGAUGAGCUGCAGACGGCGGUUCCCGCACGCGCUCCAGGCGUCGCACCUUCGGCGAGGGAUGCCGCGCUGCUAUGUCGCCCCGUUCUGCCCCCAGCACCGCCACAUCCAGAUCCGGCGAGGGAGGCUGCGCCACCGCCCCGAUUUGGCCUCCGCGAAGAGAUGCCCAUCGACGGUUGCCGGAUCCGGCGAGGUAUGCCAAGCCGCCGCCCCGAUUGGCCUCCAGCACGAGGAGGCGCCCAGCGCUGGCUGCCGGAUCCGGCGAGGGAUGUCGUCGCUGCCCCGAUUUGGCCUCCUGCACGAGGAGGUGCCCAGCGCAGGCUGCGUUGACCGCCCCAACCUGUGGGACGCACGGGCACCCAGUACCGGCGACCCGGCCGAUGGGUUCACUGCGGUGAGGCUCAGCGAAAGCAACUUCGCGCUGCAGCGCCCGUUCGACGAGUCCAGCGGUGCACGCUACAGCUUCGACGGCACCGUGCGGAAGCUCUGGGUGCUCUCCUCUGACAAGCCACAUGCCCGCCAGAGUCAUACCAAACCAAGAACUGAGAUCAGGAUGGCAGGCUACGACUACAGCUCCGGCGUGUGGCAGUUCGAGGCCUACGGGUACGUCCCCUCCGGCACCACGGGAGUAUGUAUCAUGCAGGUGUUUGGCGCCGGCGAGGCCGCCAGCACGCUCAUGCUGCACGUCUACGAUGGCGCACUGCGGUACUACAACCGGCAGCUUGUCGAGGAUGCCAUCGAUGACAGAUGGUUCCGGCUGAACGUAGUCCACGACGUCGAUGCAUCGACACUCACCGUGUACAUCGACGGCGAGCAGAAGUUGCACGUCCAGGGCCGCGGCGGCCACUCGCACUACUUCAAGUUCGGCGUGUACGGGCAGCGCCAGGAGUCCAGCCGCAUGGAAUCCCGCUGGAAGGACGUCAAAAUCCUCAAGAAAGAUUAGAAUUAUUUGUGUGUUUAUGUAUGUUGAUGGAGUGACUAUGUUUGUACUGUUUAUGCAUGGAGUUCAG